UGUUCACUCCAGCGCUGUCCUCGAGACAGUCUACUCCCUUCACCUGAUGAAGGCCACUUGUGUUGUGGCCGAAACGUCGUGAAUUUUUUUUUACGUGACUUUACCGAAUAGAACCAAAGAGUAAGAGUUGACAUGUUUCUUAAAUUUAGCAAGGCAGGAAGAGCUUAAGAAUAGAGACAAUGGGAUGGAAUUACAAAGCUGGGCAGUGUGUUAUGGCCUGCCGUGUAGUGAGCGAGUAGGUGAGUCUGCGAAUAGGUGGGUGAAUGGAUGAGUGGGUGAGUGUUUUUGUGAGCUGUAGUGUGUUGGUGGAACAGUGUGGAUGAGACGAAACAGUCACUCAUGGGUGGAGGAGUCAAUGAGUGAAGUUCACGGGAACAGUAACCAUGGUCGUGUAAAGGCUAUCAGAGUGAUAGGGAGGUAACAGACCACUGAUAAGCGAGUGACCUGAGUGAAUCCGAGUUCUGGAUCAUCAAUCACCCUGACUGAUUUACGUUGAUUCCUAUCAAGCGCUGCGAGGUAGAAACUGGGUCCUCCACUCCAGAUGUGACAGCAGCAGGAUUCCAACUUUGCCCAUAUUUGUGCUUUGUACAGUAGUAGCAGCCAUACUGUAUUUGUUCGGAGUUAAAGACGAAGGCCUUGGCACGAAGGAGAAAAGCAGCCAUGGAAUCGUGGCUAAGAGUGUGAGAUGUUGUGGUUCGUGCCCGAUGUGGAUUGGGAGGGUUGCAACAGCAUGGCUGUCAAAAUGCUGGCCCGGAGGGGAGAUCUGACAGGGGCUGUUGCAGGGACGAUAGCUGCCCAAUUUGAGACCACAGCUCAGAUAUGCGCUUGUUGUGUGUGGUAAGAUGCUUUAUAACUCACCACUGUUGAUCUAAUGGACCUACUGCCACCCGUCAAACUGAGACGUUAUUUCAGAAAAUGUUCUUCUAGUUUAUUAACAACAGGUGCAUUGUGACAAAACUGUUAUUGCUUGAUAUUCAAAAUUGUAAUAUUUGUUGUUCCAACUAGUAAUUUAUUUGUACAAACAACAACUAGGCCGGAAGCAUGUUGUCAAUGUGUGCUGCUGGUUUGCUCGCACGCAGCUGAUGUUGGUAAUCACGGACGGCUGCGCCGUGGCAUGAGGAAGGUCGUCCCAACUGGCAUUGUAAACGCAGUUUCUCUGUAAACCCUGUUCCCAACUUGAAGCAUCUAGGCCAAAGUUCAGCCGGGUAACCUUCAAUAGUAGCAGCAAGUCUGUUCCUUAAAAAUACCCUUGAAUUAAAACAAUACGUAAAAAUAUAUAAAACAUUGUAAAAGCAUGUAUGUUAAAAUGGCCCGUGAGAUAGUAUGCUUUUACUCUGAAGAGUUAUGAAGAAACCAAGUGGACAUUUGUAUAAAAUGCUGGUAGUUUAUUUCAUGUGCUUGAGGCAAAAGACUGCACGUUUAAGGCUCGAUUCCACUCAACGGGAUUGGAGACAUCACUAAACAUUGAUCCUGACAAUGCACCUCAUCACUCAUCCACAGCACACAUUCGGUAAGAAGGAGGCACCAGUUAGAGAUAUGGUACAAAGUGUCACCUGAAACCUCCAACGAUCCGUCAAAUUGAAAAGCAUUGCAGACCAAAAGCAGCCUUCAGAAAGCGGGUGACAGGAUUUCGAGUCGUUGUGAAGCGGCUGAGCGCCAGUCACUGUUGGGGUCGUGGAGUGGCAGUUCGCUUCCUGUCACCACGCGUGAUUCCUGCAGAGAAUGCCAUAAGUUGAUAAGUGGGCUGUGGUGAACCUGUGUGUGACACCACUGGCAGGAGUAGGCCAGCAUAAUAACCAUUUAUUUUUUAAUUCGGUGCACCCACAAAAAACUCCCACGUGCAUGCGCAGUUGUGUCAGACCUCUCUCGCAAGACGGGUCGACAGAUGUGGCUGGACGUCUCUGGAGAGCUAAUACCCAUAUCAAUGGACCGAGACCUGGGUUGCAUCCCGGAUUAAGGGAGAAUGGUUCUCUUGUUCAAAGGGAGUUUGAUCUUUGCAUAAAAGUCACAGAUGGUCACACAAAAGUUCACACCAUGACAUUAGCGUUGGCCUUUAAUAUUUGACCACUUCACCGGCACUUAAUCAGAUACCGCUUUACAUUUCCCAUUAUAGUAUUUAUUUGCUUGUGAUUUUGGUGAUGUUUUUGGGAGUGUUCUGAUGGAGCCGUGACACAUGUACAGACAUGAACAUAUGGUUCAACACUCGCUCCUAACCUCAUUUAACGUGUUAUGAGACCUCCAGUAUUGUUAUCAAUGUUAAUCGUCUGUUAUUUAUACACUGAUGGAUGAAAAAGCCUUACGUUGGCAUUGUCACAGUUGUAAUCACUCAACUCGUUAUAUUUGAAAGUAUAAUCUCUCGGUCUACUUAGAAGACAGGUGUCCUGCUGAGUGCCACAAAUCUCGGUUUGUCUAAGCGCUUAGUGCCCAAGGUCACUCUUGCAAAUGAGACUCUCCUGGUCUCAUGGGUAAAGCCAGGGCCUGCUUGGUGUAGUUGUGUGGCAGGGAGAUGGCAUCACUGAGUGUUGCCCCCAUGUAUGUCUGAGUAUUCCCCGGGCACUCUGAUUUUCAAGAUGUUGCCGUGCUGUAAUGGGCAGCACAUUGAACUUAAUUAAAUUAUGUGAAUGAUGAGAAACCCCUGAAAGGAACACGGGCGGGGUGGUUGAGCGAGGUGCGUGCCGAUGCGAGGUCACCAGCGCCCGACGUCUUCCUUCGCAAGGAGAUCGUUACUUAUUUCCAGAUGAUAUUGUGCGUCGUGUCCUGUUUCCGGUGUAUUUUGGCUUUGUAUUAAGUGUGUCAGUGUAGAUUGGCUGCUAGGAAAUUGCAGCCCAUUAGUUGAUGGGAAGAGCCGUCGUCCCGAGCGAGUGAGUGACCUGAUUGCCGUGCAGAAGGAACGGCGCUGCUCGUCGAGAGACGGCUGCUGGUUGCUGUGCAACCUGGUGGGGCAGGGCCUCUCCCUCCCUGCUGGGGAGCUGAGCUGGCAUGUCCCAACGGGAGCUUUGAGAUUCCACUCCCGUUGGCCGCGCAGCAAUUGCCUUCUGCUUAACCUAGAAUUCAAUGGACCAUGCACUUGAAUAUUUUAAUAUUCACCGCCUAUUUGCCUUGUUUUUUUAUGAUGACGAUUUGUAUAGUUUUAUUGUUUUUCCAAAUAGUUGGAAAGGUUUGUAUAGCGAUAUCAAAAUGAUCAUUAUAGAAAUAAUAAAAUAUUGUACAACGGACUCAGCAGUACUUGCGCCUGUUUAUCUGCUGUAUCCGUUCAGUAUACGGAAUAAUUCCUGUAUAGUAGCAGUACUCUACAUUGCCGAUGAUCUCCAAUUGACAUGAAACAAGUAUACAGAUACUCUACCACAAAUACACGUUCACAAAGCCAACCUCUAAUGCCUGUGUGCGACUUUGAUGCUUUUGACACCCAAGUGCUGUGCAUGGGAAUGCUCACCGCUGCAGUUCCAUGAUGAACAGUUUCGCGAUUUGCAGGUUGAUUUCACCUGAUCGUCUAUCGUGUCUUGCUGUACACUAUGGAUGAUUUUCUAGUUAUACAAAGACAUCGGAUCUCUUUUGGAUUGUUGGAUCACGCACGUUACGUAAGUAUCGGUUUGUCGGUGUCGCCCACUGCCAAUCGACUCAAUUUUUUGGUUGGAAAGAGCACAGAGGUGAUGUCAACUUAGCGACCUCAAUUCUUGGUAUUGGGUCAUUCCAAAGCCAAAUAAAUUCGUAUCGUCUGAACUUUCAUAUCGAGCCUUGAUAUUGGGAUGAGUCCUAGAGACGGAGCGCAUCCUGGUCCUGUGUGCACGCUGUCGAUGUGAAGCUGCCUCGCUAUAAUCGCGCCAGGGGUGCGGUCGCGGUCGCACGUAAUAGGGCUUGCGGGGUGCUCGGAUCGUUAGGUUUUGCGUGCGAGCAGACGGCUGGGUUGUGGGCGCUGGUAAAAUGAUUAGUGUUGUGCGUGACCCAUAGAGCAGUGUCCUUUGACCCUGAAUAAUAAGUGUUCAUCACCCUGAUUGGCACCACACAACAAUAAGUUGUGCACAUGACAAAUACCCAGCAGCGUAGAGUUGACUUGCGGACUGAUGUCCAUGUCAAUGCAUGGAGACAUCAUGAAGGUUGAGUUUAUUUGGGCAGUUUCCUCGGAUAAAUCAGCUUAAGUGCGGGAGUUGUUGACUCGGCAGGUCACCUAUAAGCCGUUUAAAAAACCCCAGAAUGUGAACUCGGAAGUUUUCUACAGCUCGACGACAGAGUAAUCAUUUGAAGUUUCAAUGCAACUCUGGGAUAAGUUAAGGCCAAUGAUAUGCAUGCUGUGGCGCAUGAGUGCUGCCCCUAAUAUGAACAUUCAGCUGAACAAGAUUAGUGAAUACUUCACAUUCCCCAGUCAAAUGACUGAGUUUGAAGAAGGGCUUCUGUGUGUGUUGGCUGUGUGUGCGCCUAUGAGCUCGCAUACAGCAUGUCUAUGCUAGGGGACGGCGUGCUUUUUGAAUCCAAUGAUCCAGAUGAUAUUUUUGGUCAUGCAUACCAAGAGGUAGCGAUUUGGUAUCUGAAUCCUACGCAGGUCAUUCCCAGGAGGCUGACUAUCAAGUGCGGUGGUUCUAUGCUACUCUUGCGCGUAAUGCGAGAGGGCUUCAGGAGGAAGUUCGUCCACUUUUGUCUCCCCCAUUGGUGAUGGUGACAAACACGGAGUUAAAAUUGUGCGUGGCCAAGUUUUAAUUCAUCAAAGUCAUGAAAUUAUUUUAUGACCACUACUCUCUCACUCUUAUCUCGCACAUAAAGUUUCCCCAUAUAGCCUGUAACAGCCUGUUCGGGUAAAUGCUGUUAGCGAACACCUAUACUGCGCGUGCACACACAGCUAACAAUCUACACAGGAGGAAGUCCGUCCACUUUUGUCUCCCCCAUUGGUGAUGGUGACAAACACGGAGUUAAAAUUGUGCGUGGCCAAGUUUUAAUUCAUCAAAGUCAUGAAAUUAUUUUAUGACCACUACUCUCUCACUCUUAUCUCGCACAUAAAGUUUCCCCAUAUAGCCUGUAACAGCCUGUUCGGGUAAAAUGCUGUUAGCGAACACCUAUACUGCGCAGUGCACACAGCUAACAAUCUACACGCAGAGUGCGGCAUAUACUUUCAAUUACCAUAAACAUUAACUAGAGGCAACAUGUGCAACAAAGUGAGGUGUACCUUUAGUCAGACGAUGGCUCCAGGGGCGUUCCCUUCGCCAGUCGCUUGCGAAAGUUCGCGUUUUUGCACCAACAGCGCACAAUCGGCGCAGACAGCAUGGCCACAGGAUCACCGUGGCCGCAGCGAGGAGGCAUGUGACCAGACCGGCCGAGUGCUGCAACUGAGAAGCGCUUUGUCCUUGGAGAGAACCAAGGCAUUGUGAUACCCUACUUUACAGCGAAGGGUGCCUUCCCUCCAGGAGGAGUGUCUUCAGGUCCUGGCCGAGAGCGGCUGCCUGCGACAGUCUCGUCUGUGACCCUGGGCCUCCCUUCAUCCUCUUGUCUGCCUCUCAGGGUCUCAUCUCGUGGUCAGGUUAGUCCACCUUUUUCUAACUUCACCUGCCUCUACUGCCACAUUCAUCCCCUUACCGAGUUCAUCACUCGCCAAGUAAAAACAUUUUCCCAAGUUUAUCCAUAUGACCAUUUCAUCCAACUUUCUCUCCAAGCUCGUCGUAACCGUGCAAGUACCAUGGCCUGGCGUGUGCAUGCUCUCACGUGCGUCUUUGGCGUGGCAUCGUGGGUCGCCAUCAACGGGAUGUGGGUGGAGCUGCCCGUCCUCGUGCCGCAGAUCCCUGAAGGAUGGUACCUGCCCUCCUACCUCACGGUGCUCAUCCAGCUCGCCAACGUGGGCCCACUCGCCAUCACGCUCGCGCACCGCUUCCGGCCGGGAUGCAUGGACGAGGUACCCAUCAUCUACGCAAUUUUGGCAUUAGGUGCCGUAGCUUGCCUCCUGUUGGCGUUCCUCUGGGACCGCACGACGGUGAUCGCCGGCGCAGAUCGGAGCACGGCGCUGCUGGCGCUCACCUUCUUCCUCAGCCUCGUCGACUGCACCAGCUCCGUCACCUUCCUGCCUUUCAUGAUGCGCCUGCAGCCGGGCUACAUGACGUCCUACUAUGUGGGCGAGGGCCUCAGCGGUCUGCUGCCGGGCCUCGUGGCCCUCGGGCAGGGCGCCGGCUUCUCGACCUGCGUCAACGUUUCCCUCGCCGACGCCAACGGAACGGCGGGCGACAACGGAACCUUGAUUUACGAGGUGCAGACGGAGUACCAGGCACCCAACUUCUCUCCGCAGAUCUUCUUCCUGAUUUUGUGCGGCAUGAUGGCUGCCUCCAUGGCCGCCUUCGUGAUGCUCAACCACCUCCCGCUGGCUCGGCGCGAGUACUCACACGAGGGACUCCAGAACCUGGGCAGCCGAAGGCAUGGCGAGGUAACCGCCGCAGGCCAAAGAGAACCAUCUCAGCGGGAGUCCAAUGGCGUGAGUCUGGAGCCAAGCGCGCUGGAUACGACGCACACCUUCGACGUUCUUGAGUCGCCGUCCAUCGCGGAGUACGUGGGGACGGACGCGAGCUCCUGUCGCUCGCUCUCUCGUCUCGAGUUCGUCGCAAUCUUCCUCAUCCUGGCCUGGGCCAAUGGGCUGACUAACGGGGUGCUGCCCUCCGUGCAGUCCUACUCGUGCCUGCCCUACGGCAACACGGCCUACCACCUGAGUGCCACGCUGGCCGCCCUGGCCAACCCCAUCGCCUGCUUCGUCGCCAUCUUCAAGCCCAGCCGGUCACAGCUGGUCCUGUCCAUGCUGACCCUGCUGGGCUCUGUCUUUGGUGCUUACAUCCUGGCCAUGGCCAUCAUGAGUCCGUGUCCUCUGCUGCUCGGCACAGACGCGGGCACCAUCCUCAUAGUGCUGGCCUGGGUGCUGUUCACGGGCACGCUCUCCUACGUCAAGGUCAUGGUGGGGGUGGUGCUCCGCGACCAGGGACACUCGGCGCUGCUCUUCUGCGGCGCCGUGGAGCAGCUGGGCUCGGCCGUCGGAGCCCUGUCCAUGUUCCCUCUCGUCAACGUCUACGGCGUCUUCACGGCUGGGGAGCCGUGCGGGGGGGCCCUGUGCAUCGGGGCCUGACGCCUCGCUCACCUCCUCACCCACCCCUCACCUCCUCACUCACCCCUCACCUCCUCACUCACCCCUCACCUCCUCACCCA